CAACCUCAGCAAUGCGGUGGAUCAUCAUCCAACCAAGGAGUGGACCUCUUUCAGGAGAUUACUAAUGCAGAGGUUUCCUGUCACCAAAAUGGUUUCAAUGUCUUCACACAUGAGAAAUCUUCAACAAUUAUGCAUUUGGAGGAACUGGACGAUCCACAAAAAUUUGCUGAUGAGGGUGUCAAGGUGAUUACUUGGCAAGAGUAUGUGUCUCGGUUACAUGAGCUCAAAGAUGAAAUUAACCGUUCUUGGCUAGCUGAAGAUCGUGUAACAUCCUUAAAGUUAUCUAUAAAGGCAGUUAAGCUUCUGAUGGAUACGUCCGUUUCUGAGUUUUAUCCUACACUUUUUGUCCUUGUCACAGAUAUCAUGGACAUGCUUGGCGAAUUGGUUUGGCAACGCAUAAAGCGGAAAGCCGAGUUUACUGAAGAUGGAGCCUUACUCUGCAACUUAGCAGAAAACUUUAAGGCAAGCGAUAUUUGUAGUGAUGCUAAAGAAACUUGCAACAACUGGUUCAACAAAAUUGGUGUUGUGCAAGAGCUUCUUUCACGCAUUUACCUGGAGUUGGCAAUAUUGCCUUGCUGGCAAUUUCUGCUUGACCAACCUGAAGACAGUCUUUGGCGCUUGGUAAUGAUGAUAAGAGGAUUGGGGGAUCCUGUAGCAUCUGCAUAUUGUCGUUUUUAUAUGGCUCACUGUGCUCAGAAGCUUAUUUCACAUGAUAUAGGUUAUCUUAUAACAUUUAUGAAUGACAUCAGAGUCAUUUUGAUGAAAAUUUUAUCAGCAAAUGAAAGCACUCAUGGAAAUGUUAAACACAACAAAAGAUUGCAAGUUAGUCUAAUGGAACCAACCAUUGAGUAUAUUAUGAAGUAUAUAUUUAAUGGGUUAUCUCAGGGACAAGUCAGUGAAGUUCUUGCAGAGCUGGGAUUGAUGAAGAAUCAACAGGAUUUUGGGAGUGUUUCAUGUGUUUCAGUUGUUCUGCAUCAUUUAUUGAACGAACUCCCUAUUGAAAUAGUUAGUUCAAACGCUCUACAGAUGCUUCAUCUAAUUGAAUUUAGCAAGGAUUAUUCCUUUGAUCAGAACUUGGAGUGGGCUUUUCAAAUUAGUGAAGAAGUGGAUCCAAAUUGGCUUUUGAUUGAAAUUGGCCCCAAGUGCUGGCUCCAGUGGAGCGCUCAGUCAAGAAAGAAAACGUUGCCCUCUCUUGCCUUAUGUCUGGGCUCGUGCCAAGCUUCAAUUGUAGCACUCAGUGAAUUGCACAUAACGUAGCGCUACAUUGUGCCUUGUAUGGUCUCCAUCUUCGAGCCCUGGUGGCUUCCUUUUGAGCCAAUUUUCUUGUAGCAAAGUAGCCCUCAGUUAAUUGAAUUAAUGUAGUGCCCUUUC